GUGGGAUUUCUGUUCAGGGGGAAAGCCUGUUUGUUCCGCUAAAGAGAUUUAAAGAAAGAGGCGCUCCACAUCCGCUAAAGCUAACGCUACCUCACUCUGUACCAAAGCAACUACCAAACAACAAGGACUUAAUUAGAAUUGAAGAGGGAGGCUGUGUGACUGAGUGGGAGUGACCUCGUCCAGAGCCCAUUUAAAACACUUCAUCCUCUUUGGAGUUCACAAUUUCAACAAGAACUGGAGUUUUGUACCUCCUCAUGUGCUAUAGAGUUAAAGAUGGAUUUCUGGGCAGAGAACCAAGGGCAUUUGCCUCAAUACAGCAAGUACAACACUCUACCUUCAAGAAGCUGCUCACAAAACUACCAUGACAGACAACCACCACCUCAAUAUCAAGCCUACUGUGAAGAUCAGAGGGGCAAAACCAUUGAUUCUGGAUAUUACUGGCCUCCACGAGACACCUCAAACUGGUCAAGCCAAGAAUCUGCAGCUCCAACAUCUCCUGUACAAUUCCCCUUUAACCUAGAUCAUCCAAUUCAGCAUUACCACGGUGACCAGCGUCAAGAACUUCAAGACUGGACACCUUAUCAGCACCAAGAGAGGGGCUUUCAACAGGAGGGGUGGUCCUACAACCCGGUUCACUACAAACGCGAAAUCUCCAGGAAGAAUGACAACAAUUUUAGGGAGUUGGAGGCUUGGGCAUUACGCUAUAGUCAUUCACUACCAAGAAGAAGACGCAUCGAGGCAGGACUGAGAGGUGCAAUGCAAGAUAAUAUAGAAAGAAGAGAUAUGCAGAUGACAAAUAUGCAAGAUUCAACACUGCGGGAUAGGGCAAGCAGGCAGCAAGUGAUUAACAGUUAUCAAACUAUGCCACAAAGACAGAAUUUGGAGGUUAAAAACGAGCUUAGCUAUCAAACCAAGGUGUACAGUCAACCUCCAAAUUAUAAUGCCCCACCACCCUACAGUGUCCAAUAUAGGAGUGUUUUGACGCCACAGAAGUUAGUGAAACAAAGCUACGAGUUGCCGCAAAUUGUAAAUAAGACAGAAAAAGAGUUAAAUGAGAAGUUCCCUAUAAAAGGACUAGAUAUUUUGCAAGAAAAUCGGCAAAUGGUGCAAAGAAGACCAAGCAGUAACGCAGCUAAAGUUAUAGAAGGCAGAAAGUUUCAGUUGAACAAAAAAGCGGGAGGUUUGACAAUCUUUUGUUUAGUGUCACGAAUCGCUGAUACAGAACCAGACAGUUUGCCAGUUUCACCGAAGCAAAGUGAAGUUCCGAGUCCGAAAGCUAGCAGCGUUUGCCAACCGCUGAAGCUCGCAGACGAAGUUGAUUUCAAAAUUCCAACAACUACUACGAAACAUAUAAGAAGUCCUUUCUCGAAACUGCAAGCGAUACCGAUUUGUAAAGAGUCGCUGUCCAAGAUGGCGGGCAAAAACAUGCAGAAAUCAAAUGACGUUUCUGUAAUUGAUAAGCUGGCCGCUAAAUUUCCAUUGUGGAGGAGACCUAGUUUUACAAGCAGUUCGGACACAGACAAUGCACCCACAACUUCCCCGAAAGAAACCUUGGAUAGAAACGUACAAGAUCAAGGAAAAAACUCAAAAUCUGAUGUAGAAAGUCAAAGAGAAGGUCCUAAAGAUGGCGAUCAAGAUAAUGACUCAAAAUCUAAUGUAGAAAGUCAAAGAGUAGGUACUAAAGAUGGUGACGCUACGCCAGUUGACACCACAUGCGUUGUGGUCAAAAUGGACUUGUUAAAAGCGCCAACGAAGCAGCAAGUUCAGUGUUUAAACUCAGAAAAUCAAACUAAAACUGAAGAAAAUUUAGCUGGCGUGACUACACAACACAACCAGGAUAUCCAGACCGAACAGCAAGAUUCUAAUAACGCAGAGGCCUUCAAAACAUUAGCAGAACAAUCUAAGAGCGAAGAUGCAGUUGAGAAAACAAAAAGUGAACCUUUCUUGCCACCAAAUUCCGAAACAUUGAAAGAGCGUGCAAAGAGAAUAUGUGGGUUACGUGAAUCUACAAUGAUCCAACUGCAAAACAAUUUGACGAAGCAAAGUUACGAAACAAAUGAAUUGAAAGACGAAAGUUCAGAUCAGAAAGAAUUGGUACUAAAUGUGUCUACCAUAAGUAAAAGUGAAAAUUUGCAAACGUUACAAGUUAGUAGCUGCAAAGGUGAGGAGAUGGAGAGGAGUAGUGACAUUUUUGAGGUUGGUAAGUCCGAAGAAAGUAUUACGAAACCUGACAAAGGCUUUGAAACAGACAAUGAAGUACAGAGAUUCAAAAUGGCGAAGAGUCCAGAACAAGAGUCAGUUGUUGAAGCUAUAAGUGAACAAUGCAAGGAGCCAGAUGAGAUGAAUGAUUCAGCAGAUAUUUCUACAUUGGAAUUGAUCGAACAAGAAGGAGAUAAUGACAUUUUGACAACCCUGAAUGAAAAUUGUAACUUGAAACAACAUUUAGAGAAUAUAGCUUGGAAACUGCUCCAAUCGGAAGUUGAAGAAGACAAAGAAGGAUUAAGUGACAAUAAAAAUGAUGCAACACAAACUGUUUUGACAGUCGCAAAAGUUGAACAUUUGUCUGAAAAUAUGUCAGAUUUACAAGACCAGGAUGUUAAGGAAGUUAGUGAAGAGAGUUCUGAUCUAGUUGAGAACGUCGCAAAUGGCAAACCAGGUGAACUGAAAUGCCCAGUCAAAAUUGAUCACGAAAUUGACACAAAUGAGUUAGAAAUGCGUGAAGUAACCAAGGAUAUGCAAGAACUUGACAGUGGACAGAAAGAGGAUGCACCAACUUUGGAACAAUCAGAAAAUGAGUUAAACCAAUGUGUAAAAGUAACAGAGACAGCUAAUGUUGAACUGUAUGGAGGUGAUACGGCUGAAGGCAAGUCUGUUCUUAAAGAUGGUCCCAGUUGCAGUACAGAAAGCAGUCAAAAUGGUGAUGAAGCUAUCGAAGGGGCUACAAGAGAUUUCAAGAUUCAAGAAAAGAGAGUAGAAACUGUCAAUGAGAUACAUACACAUACACAAAGUGAAGUACUGGAUGAAUCUACAAAAAAAGAACAGUCAGAUGUCAUAGAGCAAGAAGAUAUUUCAAUAGCAUCAAGUGAAAACACAAAAGAUUUUGAAGAAAGUGAAAAUGAGAAGCAAUUCAGCUGUAGAAAUAAAGUUUGCACAAAUGAAGAAGAGUGUAUCACUAAGAAAAGCACUGAGGAAACACAGUUAGGUGCCGAUGAAGGAAUUAAACCAGCAACUUUGACAGCUCCGAAAGUAGAAAUACUGUCAGAUGCUGAACAAAAAGCAGGAAAAGAGGAAGAAAAAGUAAAUCUAACAGAUAGCAAAAAUGAUGGAUUUUCUGUAGACAAUGCGAUUUCAAGUAAUUUGGAAAUGGAGAAAACCAUAGAACUAAAUGAUAAUACAGAAUUUGAUCAAGAGAAGAGUGAAAUUUGCACAAAAGACACAAUCAUUUCAUUUCAAAAUUUAGAAGCUGAUCAUUUGGAGAUCAAUCACAAGGAGGAAGUGGUAAAAGAUAUAAAUCAGUUUGAUUUGCAAAACAAGGAAGAGAGAUUAGAGGAAAUAACUGGUGCAGAACUAAAUUCAGAUACAGCUGCCAUUUUCAUUGAAGACAAUAAACAAGCAAAUGAAAUUGAAAUGCAAAAAGAUAUGGAUUUAAAGGAACAAAUUCUGGAUGAAAUUGGAAAAAUAGAUGCAUCAGAUUGCGAUUUUAAUGAUUUUAACUUGGAAGAGUGUGAAUGGGACGAUGAUAUAGUUGACGAUAAUAUUAUGAAAGAUAGACUAAAUGCUAAAGAUCCUCAUAAUGAAAUUUGCCCAUCUACAAAAAGUGAGGACAUUUUACAACCCCAAGGUCAUUCCUCUGACAAAGAUAUUACAGGUUCUCACGUGGUUUGCCAGCCAGAUUCAAAUGUAAACACUACAUCUACAGAUAUCUCAGAACAGUCUCAUCCGUCAGCUUCUACUACUGAUAACGAUAAUUGUGAAACUGCUUGCUAUGAAGAAGAGAGGAAAUAUCCUAAAUCUUUAUGGGACGCAGUCAAUCGUAUCAGAAAGCACACCGCACCAGAUUCUGAAAACGAAGAAGAAGAGGUUAUAGAUAAUUGGGAUAGAGAGAGCUUAGUUAGUGUAGAAAGUGUAUGUGAGAACGGCGUGAAACAAGGCAAUAUAGAUUUGAUGCAGUCAGAGCUUUGGUAUGAUGAUAUGAAUAUGCAAGAUGAGACCCUUUCUCAGUGCAGUAACAGUAGUCAGGGGUCAGAUGGAACUAUAGUGGAUGAUGAAUUGGGAGUAACAGAAAUGACAAAUGUUGAAUGUAUUGAAAUCUGUGAUGAGGAUCAAAGCAGUGAUGGAGAGGGACACAAUGCCUCAGAAAAUGAAAAUACAAUAAACCAAAAUCAGACUGAAGAGAGUCCUGAUGAGGGAUUAGAUAAACAGGCAGAAAAGUCUGAAGAUAUUAUGUUGUAAUGCAAUAGUGCCACAGCAGUAAGGCAAGGCAAGGCAAGUUUAUUUGUAUAGCACAAUUCGUACACAAAGUAAUUCAAAGUGCUUUACAGAAUAAGAAAUACAUUAAAAUCAUAAUAAAAACAAAUCAAAACAUAAAUAAUCAUGAGUAGAUCAUAAUUAAAUUAUGGUGUAACUUUCUGAUGGAGCUGAUGAUGCUUGUCUCUGUGGUAAAGUUUUCUAUGGUUUGUCUCGAUUGCUGCAUUGAUUCAAUUAAAGUCGUUUGUAAUGCUAAAGAAAUUCCUUGAAAACCAUGCAUUUUACUGUGAGCAGAGUCGCUGUCUCCACAGAUCUGACCAGCCUGGUAGUUUCACCUGCUUGUUUCAUUGGAAUUAGAGAAUUAGAGAGUUUAAUGUCACAGUAUGAAACAUUCUGGGCAAAGCAAUAACAAUUCAAUGGAGAUAAGCAAGUGGCUGACAAAGUUAUAUAAUACAACAUUCAUUUGUAUGUACUAGAUGUUUCUGGCUUUAAUUUUAAUUACUUACAAAGAUAGCAUUGCUGUAAAUUGUAUUAAUGAAGUAAGAGUAAUCUAACUUUAAAUAAUAAUACUUAGUAAAAGUAGAAAUCUAAAUAUUUACUUAAGACUGCACAGUGGGCGUAUUAUCCAGCUAAAGGUACUUGUUUUGUGUUUGUGUGUGUUGUCUAUGGACAAAAUAUUAAACUUACAAUACAACAUAAUAUCCAGCUCUCUGUGUAGAAUGAUCAUAGGGUUGUGAGCCAUGCUUUUUAUAAUGGGCUUAAUUGGUUAAGAAUUACAGAUGUACUACCAUAUGACACCCUAUAAAAAGGGCAACUGUUUCCUGCCCAAAAUAUACAAAACAAUGAUUCGUUUUUUGGUUUAUAUAUUUGUAUAGGAUUCCAACUGAAUAAAAUAUUGUCCAUGUAAAAUAUAUUGUUCUAAUGACCUUAAAUUGGUUCAUUUUUAAUCGACAAUUGUUUGACAACUAUUUAGAUAUGUGUAGCACACCUUUCUGCAGGUAUUAUUACUGACUGUU